AUUAGAAAAAAACCUGAUUUCAGAAACAGAACAGAAAUAUCAUCACAGGAAGUGAAGACAUGACUUGCGGUUGGUUACUUCAGCAAUAGCGACUGCAGUGAGGGGGAAAACAACAACACACACAUCUUCAUUCUGAGAGAAACAUGGACGAGCUUGACUUGCUUUUGGAGGAACUAGCCCUCAAUCCGACUGCUUCAGAAGGCAGCAGUGCAACCCUGAAAGAGGUGUCAGCUGCAGUCAACACUGGACCUAAAAAGGGAUCUAACCUAAGACUUUACAGUUUUAGUGAGCCGCCUCUUCCUGAGGCAGCUUCCCAGGACUCACCCACCAUAGAGCUGGACUCCAUUUUGCAAGAGCUGAUGAGCCUGGGAUCAGAGAACGCGACAUCGUCACAGCUUUUACCGGAGCGGUCUGUUGAGAAGAAACCAAAAGACGGUCAACGGGAUUUCGAUGCAAAGGCUUCAGCCGGGAGCAGAGAUACGGACAGUAUCGAUGAUCUUCUCGGAGGACUGAGCACGGACUUGGAAAAGAUUGGAGUCCACACAGCAGCCAAGGGUCGCUGCGCUGCCUGUAAUAAAGUGAUUGUGGGCAAGCUGGUGGCAGCAUUGGGUGAAACGUGGCACCCGCAGCACUUUGCGUGUGCUGUGUGCAAGACGGAACUGAGCACCACGGGCUACUUUGAGAGGGACGGACGCCCGUACUGCAAGGAAGACUACGAGCAGCUCUUCGCUCCACGCUGCGCUUACUGCAAAGGGCCCAUCGUGCAGAACAUCCUGACAGCUCUGGACCAGACCUGGCAUCCAGAUCACUUUUUCUGUGCACACUGUGGAAAUUUCUUUGGAGAUGACGGUUUCCUGGAGAAGGAUGGGAAGCCUUAUUGUUCCGGUGACUUCUACCGGCUCUUUGCCCCCAAGUGCGCUGGCUGUGGGGGGUCAGUGACGGAGAAGUACCUGACGGCAGCCAACGGCACGUGGCAUCCGGAAUGCUUCGUCUGUGCGGACUGUCUGAAGCCCUUCUCUGACGGCCGCUUCAUGGAGCUGGACGGCCGCCCGCUGUGCCAGACGCACUUCCACACACGUCAGGGCACUUUGUGCGGCAGUUGCCGUCAACCGAUCGUGGGCCGCUGCAUCUCAGCUCUGGGCAGCAAGUUUCAUCCGGAGCACUUUGUGUGCGCCUUCUGUCUGCGGCAGCUCAGCCAGGGAAUCUUUCAGGAGCACAAAGGCAGACCGUACUGCUCCAUGUGCUUUAACAAACUCUUUGUGUGAUGUGGAAAGGCAUAAAAAAAAGGGCAACAUAGCUUUUGCGGGCUUAACAUUCAUCACGUGCAGUUAGUCACUCAAACGAUACGGCAAAUGCAGAGUUUUGCUCACUAAGUAAAAAUGUCACUCAUUUCUAUGCUCCGGUCUCCCAUUGCCAAUUUGGCUGUUUAUUGGUAUGUCUUCCAGUGGAGAGUUCAACAUUGGACGAGUGGAAACUUCGUUUGGGGAGCGAUGAAGCAAAGUGAAACGACACAAUAUCUGGCAGUCUGAUGGACGAGUUAUAUUUAGCGCAGAAUAUUGUGUUUGCACACUUGUGAAAAGCGACAGAGAUCCAAGUUUCAUUUGUUCCAUGACCGUGCUGUCACUCAGUACACUUGUGUUUUAAAUAUUUCCCCAUUGAAAAGAAUGGAAAUGCAUUUAAUUAUUUUCAACCUCCCUCCAGCAAACCAUCAUGGGUCUCCUUUAAUGAUACGACUGUAUACAAUUACUUAAUAGAAGCAGAGUAAUGGCAGAAAUCAAUAUAAUUUCCAUGUAUCCAUCCAAGAUCCGAAUUGCUUAUCCUUAAAGAAGUGAAUACUUUUUGAACACUUUUUGCUUCAAUUAAAUGUACAUUGUGCUCCUCCUUACGUACGCCUUGGCGGUAGGAAAAUACAAAAAUGCAGAUAUACUGUACAUGGGGACAGAGGAGAUGUCACAACUCAGCUGUACUAUGACCUCAUUCUUUGCAGAGAACAAAGAAUAUAUGCAUGUGGGUAUCGUCAUACUCAUCUGUCUACAUUUGUUACUUAAUCGAUUGUGUACAAAUAGCCGGUUAUAACAUCGCCACGUAGAUGCUACACACCGGUUAGAGCGGCGACAGAGUUUCCCGUUGUGUUAGCAUUAGCAUGAAGCUAGUGGACUUAAAGGCUAAACUGUGUCGUUGUUUUAAAUCCAAAUAACGAUGUACAUGUCAUCAUUUGGUGACAUGACACCAGCUACAUUCAAAAAAAUGUUUUAAAUGUGCAGUGGGAAUUUUAUUCCUUGCUAGCUGCCGGCGCGCUAACCGGAGUUUCCUUUACAACACUGGCUGACCAACUGGGUCUCGACGCACGCACCUCACCCCGCAGACAGCCUCUUCAUUCGCCACACAGACUCCUUUGUAGCCGCAUGUGGAAGAUUGAUGAAGGGGCUCAAGUCAACAAACUCGUUUUUACUGUUGGAUGGAGCGUCCAAACAUCACUGCGGUGCUCAAACAACUCAUUCCCGGUGACGAGAGAUGGAUCAGCCACUAAGUGCUUUCGUGUUUUUUUUGGGGGGGUGGGGAGGAAAAUUGUAGCACCGAUGUACUUUGCACAUUGAUAUGAUUCAUUUGUUACAAUGAAAAAUUACACCGUGUUGCAGUUCGGCAAUUCAGAAUAGAACUUAUAUGUUAUCGUAUGUUAUUGCUGAUUAAAAUAUAGCGUUCCCGCUGA